AUGGAGGGGAUGUUGAGGCCAGUGGCAGCAGCAGCAGGGUGCGUGCUGGUGACGGCAUUCGCACUAACUUCAGCUCCGCAGCGGAGACAGACGAAAUCUCCUGCUGCAGGCUGCUGGGGGAGGAGAGAUAAAGACAUGACGAGGCGAGGGAGCAGCGCCGACCCAUUUGGUAGAAACCUGAUGAUAUCUCUCCGUCCGCAGCAAGCGGGGGGAAAGGGGAGCCGGCUGCAGAGACACCCGAGCGCCGGCAGACGUCGGCUGCCUGCAACCGUGGCAGCAGCAGCGGCAGCAGCAGCAGCAGAGGUUUUCGCAUCCUUUAACUCCUUUCCUUCUUCUUUUUUCACAUUUGAAGAGGAACAGGAGGAGCCAGGGGGGCCUACUGAGCUGACGGUCAUUGCAGGAGGCCGGGCGACAGCGGGAAAGCGGAGGGAUGAGGCGGCUGCGGUGUACAGGCGGGUAGAGUUGGUUUGA